AUGAUAUGGUCUGCUGGCCUUAUCGUCAUAUCUUAUCGUCCCCUCCCCGAGGUCUCCAAGGUCGCCUCCUCCUUUCACUUGCACAGAUUUUCCCUGGGAAAGGACUGGGCCUUAGGAGCUUCGCUUCAUAAUGUCCUCACCCGAGUCAAAUCAUACCCUCAAACGUACUCCGCCAUCGACCUUGCAUACUCCUCUGUAGAUCCACUCCGCACACCCGUGGUACUACAGCUACCUUUGAAUGGCCUGCGCCUUCGCUUUGAUGGUCCUGACCAAAGGCUUCGUUUGAUCGAAGUAUUUGACUUCACCAAAUUGAAUCUGAUCUAUAAGAAUCAGGAGGUACUUAAGGGGGCCAAAUCUGAACCCCCAGUCUCUUCCCAUGGCCCUAGCUUCCGGCACGUUUACAAUCGCCUGUUUGGUCCUUCAUACCCAGGAGAAUACGUACCACCGGCAGAUCAGUCUCCAUACGGCACCUAUGUUUUAUCCUAUCCUGGAGUCGCGUUUUCAUUUCCCCUUCAGCACUCAGCCUGGUCUGAUCAGUGUGAUUUCGUAGCACUGCUCUCCUCCUCAGCGGCCUUGCCAGCCACCUCCAUGUCAAUCUUUCAAGGAUCCUCAUGGCCAGAGGUUCGAUCAAAGCUCUUCACACAGCAACCUCAAUACCCUCGCUCAUCUGCUUUGAUCGGCAAAUCCCGGGAGUCACUUGCAGACGAGAUUGAAGAGUGGCAGGUCCUUGGGGCUGGCAAGCUUGAAGUCCUUCGCCGAACAGGAGCUCCUGUAGGCAUCACUCUUGGAGAAACUACUGCUCAGGAUUUGAUUGCCGAUUUUGGGCCACCUGAUGCGAUUUACCGUAAGAACGACCGGCGAAUAUCCAUUCACCGUGCAACCGCUGCCGGUGAACUACAUUUAAGUCCAUCCCCAGGAAGAGGAUUCGAAAUGCCUGAUGCCGAUCACUCAUCCAACAAUAGUGUUACUGAUGAUUCAGAUGAUGAAGCUGCAGCCUUCAUCGGAGACCCCACAUCGCUACCCGCAGAAUGCUUUUUGAACUUCUUCCAUCAUGGAUUUGAUGCAUUUAUCUCAUACCCAACCAUACCCGGUCCUGCUUUUCCAGACUCCAGUACGCCAGAUCCUUUACCACAGCCACAUUCGUCUCAGUUGGCCGUAACAAAGAUCAUUCUCCAUGGCAAUGUUCCAGGCUCAUAUCCCUUCAACCGCCACCGUCGAAGCCGAUGGGUCAUCCCUAUGGGUGAUUCGGAUAACUUCUUAUCCUCUGAAUCCUCCUAUGAGGAAAUCUCCGAGCGGCUGCGCAAAACUUGGAAAGGGGCUUAUGCCAGUGCCGCUGAAGAGCGUGCUUUGCAGCGACCAAUGGUUCUCAACCGAGGGUGGGGUGACAGCCCUGAGAGCAGCGUAGAAUUCCUCGGAGGCUGGGAAGAGAGUACUGCAAAGGGCCCUCGGAGCGGUGCAGAUGGACAAGAUGGGGGAUUGGGCAAUACUGAGCUUUUCGGGUUCCCUGGUCUGCUAUUUGAGGUACUCAAGAAUGGUGCUGUCAGCUGUCUUACCGUGUAUUGA